AUCCGAGCAACAAGUCCGCUUAUCGGAAAAAGCAGACAGAAGAGCUGAUAGACUAUUUGAUAUUUCCGAAGCAGCGCACCAAUUGUCUGGAUUAAAGUAUCAAAUGCAGUCCGAGUCGCAUCAAAUGCAACAUGAAGCCUUUGGUUUAGCAAAAGAGGCGCAUACCAUUAAACAAGAGCAGCUUAAAUUACAGAAGGACGCAGCUCAGUUGGCCUAUGAAGCCCAUAUGUUACGUGUAAAGCAAUUUGAAGCACAGAAGGUUGAUAUGGCCCUUAAAGAAGAUAUGGCAAAUCUGUCAUUCCGUAAAGAUGCAAGAGAAGACACUAUCUUUCAACAGCAACAGAAAGUGGAACGUGGUACUUGUUUGUCUAAAAUCGCAACAACGAUUGUUGGUAUAAAGCCCACGUAUUUAAUUGAGACCGUAAAUGAACUAAGAGGUUUCCUCAGACAACAUAAUAAAGGUAUGUCCAUGGAGGAGGCGAAACCAUUAGUCUCCAAGAAGGUUUAUUAUGUAGCUGUGGAAGGAAGAAGAGAAAAUUAUGUCAGCUACAAACCAUUCAAAGGAAUGAAGGGGACAAUGGCAAUGUUGACUUUGCUUUCAGUAGGUUUAGAUGGAGUGCCACCAAAUGGCGUUUUUGAUGAGGACACCGUCUGGGAUUACCAGUCUUAUGAAUCAUACGAGCAGGAAAACGAAGAAGAGGCAAGACUCUUGGAAUUGGAAUAUGAAGAAAAUCGUAGGCAAUAUGCCCAACGCCCUGGGCACCAAACUCUAAUGGUAGGUCAAGUGAUAAGUGGAGGUGCUAGAUUAGACUCCAAGAGGAAAUAUUCCAACAAUGAGUUAGAAGAUUAUUUUGGUAGAGAUGAAUGGAAUGAGAAACAUGGACAUUCAAAUCAUGGUCGUAUAAUUCAAGACCGCAAAAACAUAGAUUUGAGCUAUAGAGUAAAUUAUGAGUCUGCGUGGGGAUGGUGUUGGGCCUACAUGUGCGAGGAGCCUUUGGCUUACGCUGUGCUUGGUAGUUGGCCUACUGUGGGAAAAGUCUUUGAAUUUUGUCAGAACAACAAGGUUAAAAUGACCAAGACUGUCGUGUUCAGCGAAAAUAGGGAAGGUGACGAAGAGAAAGCAUCAAGAGUUCAUUUAUUUUCGCCAUCGAUGCCAAUAAUGGGUACUAACAUGGACAUGUCCAUGUUUGUUUCUAAAUAUUGGAAUUUUAAGGUUGGUGGCCUAUUAGGUAAGGAACGCACCAUUUCACCAAUGUCUACUUUUCUUAUCAGCACCGGUACUUUUGAACAUGUGCGAACUGACGGAAGUGUUCUAGAUAGGGUAAGAACCAAAUUUAUCCAAGGUUUUGAAAAGUAUGAAGUCGAGUAUGGUUGUUAUCGAGGAAUGGAUACACUUGAAGGAAACGCUAAACGCAAAAUUUGGAGAGAAGAAAAUGUUCCCGAGUUGAACCUACCAAGUGUGCAUCCCACAUUAGACGGACGUAGAAAGCUCUAUAUUGCUGGUGCCAUGCAACACUGGGGAAAUUUAGCUACUGGGCAACAUGUGCGAUUCCCUGCGGCUUGUGCGACUCAAAGCAUACCAUUUGAUCAGGAUCUUGAGUUACCAAGAGGACGUUUACCAAUCAAGGACGGAAUGAGGUCAGAGUAUACGCCGCCAAGCGAAAUUAAUCACAGUUCUUGGAGUUCGCCAUUGUGGAAAGCUGAGUCUUUGUAUGCUACAUAUCUGUGUGACGUAUAUAACAACAAGGGAGAAACUAACGUUAAAACCUUUGUGCCUUCUGGGGAUGAGAAGAUACAAAAAUACCAUUGUUUCCCUUAUAGGCAAAUCAAUAACAGCAACAUCAAGAUAGAGAGCGACUCUUCGGUGGAAAGUGGUUACGAGAGUGAGGAGAAGUUUGUUCGUGUGGAAGUGAAGAAACCAAGAAAACCAAACCUCGUGUGGUGCAAACAGUAUAAGUAUAGUGGUGUUAGUUAUAAAGUGGUGAUACCAGGAAAGAAACCAAAGAAUAAGGUUCGAAAAGCCCAACAUUCUGGGCAACAAGAAAGUUCUAGGGUUCCUGGAUUGGUAAGUGAAGAUAUGAAAACCAAGCGUAAGGAGAGGAGAAAGAGGUUUCAGGAGUUGAACGAAACCCAACGUUUAAAUCGUAGGUUAGGAACUGCAGGUUACUGCUACACCAGGAUCUUUAAGCAGCCGACCUGGGACAUAAUUAAGGAACUCGGUAAAUGGCCGACGGUGGCACAGUUGGAAGACUUUGUUUACUAUAAAAGUUUCAUUGAUGUGUUAGUCAAGGAAAAAGUGCACGUACAAAUAAACAAAAUGAGUCACAUAAAAGGAAAAUAUAUUAUCACUUCUGUGCACUUGCUUGAACAACCUGUCGAUAAGGAGACAACUACUAUGGAAACAAGGGAGUUUCUUUCGAUGGACAAGGAUCUUAGAGUUGGAGGAUCAAUAGAGGAGAGAGUGUCUAUUGACAAUGGCGAUAGCGGUAUUUCCAUUUCUUCCGACAAGAAAACAACUGUUGAAAGUGUCUUAGCCCAACACCCUGGGCAAAAACUUAUUGAUUACAGUUCGUCAACUAGUUCUGGAGAAAGCGGAGAUAACUUUACUGUAGACAAUUUAGGUGUGUUUGCUGGCGGUUUAGCAAUCAAUUUCAAGAAUUGCCAAUCUUGUAAUUAUGUGUUUGAAAACCCCAAAGACCGUGAAGAACACAUUCAAUCUAGACUUUGUCUCAGUCAUUUGGACUACGUUCCUGAAGCUCUUCCUGUUGAUGUUGAAGUCAAAGUGCAAACAUUGAUAGAAACUGAAAAGCAGGGGAUAGAAGAGGUGGAGAAGCAGACCAAAGGCAAGCUGCCAGAGAUGUCUGGAGUUAGGUGCGUUGUAGAUAAGGAAGACCCUUUUAUCUUUGAGAUCUAUAAGAACUUAGAGGAAGACCCAGUGGAUUACGCAAAGCACGUACCUCGAUCUGUAUUGGAAUAUAGAGACCAUUUAGUCAUUAGUAAAGAGUCUUUCUCGUUUGCAAGAGAACCUAAAUAUCUAUAUACAAACAAAGAGGGGAAGAAGAUUUACAAAGUACGGGUGAAUAAGUAUGCAGCUCUAAGUAUUUUGCCAGAAAAACACCCAUACCCUUACGCGAAAUUAGAAGACAGUUGCAUUCAGUGGAUACAAAUUUAUGUGGAUGAUUGUAGAAAACACUUGGCUACUUGCUUGCACAAGAAGGAACAUGAUGCCGGUAUAAAACAAAAACACGCUUGUGGGUUAUGUAUUCUAGCCUUUAGGUCUCUAGAAAUAUAUAAGAGACACGACGGGAAGAGGUAUGAAAUUGACUGUGCUGCCCAUAGGAUGUACCACGUCCCCACCUUUCAAGGCGUGAUUGAUGCGGAUGCCGCCAGCGGGAAAACAACGCUAAUCCAAACGCACUUAAAAAAUGGAGACAUGGUAAUUGUGGCUACAUCAUUACAAGUUCGCUGGUAUGCCAAUUUUGCGCAUGAAAAAGGACUUAAAAUCACCGUAACUACUUUUCAGAGCCUCAUGGCGAAUUUUGGAGAUUACGAUGUUCGCAAUAUAUAUGUGGAAGAAUAUAAGAUGAUGCCCUACAGAUUUCUACAAAUGGUAAAAUAUAUACGACAUAUGGGGAUCAUUUGGUUCGUUGGAGAUUCAAAGCAAGUUACUUGGAAGAAUUUCUCUGCUAAGGAAGCGACAUACCAACGUGGAGACAUUGAAAGCAACGUUAACAUCUCUAUGUGUAUGAACUUCUGGAGUCUGAGUUCUAUAGUAGCUUUUAAUAAUCUAGUGUUUGGCACUGAGUCGAUCGCAGCUAGAACUGAAGAUAUGGAGGAAGGAGAAGUGACAAAUAUGAGUAAUACAAUCAAAGUUGUGAUGGAUAAUGAUAAACCUGGUGACGCUUUUGCCUCCGAAUUAGUGGAAACUGAAGGGAAGAUGGAUAAAAUCCUAUUAGCCAUCAAUAAGCGCAACUUAGAGGAACUCACUUU